AUAGUUAUUACACUUAUGAUUGGAUAUUUAUGCCAACCAUCCAAUGCUUAUCUGGAAGUUAAGGGUAAAGAGUUUUAUUUUGAGGGCAAAAAGGUAUUCUUGUCCGGCGCUAACAUAGCUUGGAAUGAGUUGGGCUCAGACUGGGGUAAUGGCAAGUAUUGGCAGCACAGGGACAAAAUGAACGAAUGGUUGGCCGGUAUUAAAGCUCACGGAGGGAAUGUGGCCCGGGUUUGGCUACACUUUUGGGGAUCAGUAUCGCCUAAGUUUGACUCAAAAGGCUAUGUUGUUGGCACUGAUAGCCAAAACGAUUUGAUUAAAGAAAUGCAGGCACUGUUGGACGACGCGGCCAAACAUAAUGUCUUUAUUAUGUUCACCAUAUUUUGCACUUCAAUAUUUAAAACUGAUGAUGGAUUUAUUACUGAUGAAUCUAAAAUACAAUCAUAUAUUGAAAAAGCAUUGAAACCAAUGGUUGAAGGAGUUAAAGGUAAGAAAGCACUGUUUGCUUGGGAACUGAUGAAUGAACCGGAAGGAGGAAUGGAUAUCUGGCACCCGGACAGUGACAAACAUACCUGUUUUGAUAUAUAUCGGUGGCAAAGAAGCAAUAAAAACAUGGGUUUCGAGUUGAAACAUCCUAUUAAGAGAGUAUUGCGAUUUUUCAAUUGGUUGACAGCAGCCAUCCAUACCUAUGACCCGAAAUCACUGGUAACUGUUGGCACAUGGAAUCCCAAGACAUGUACUAAACAAUGCACCGAUUGUUUCAAUUUAUAUGACAACGAGUGUAUGGUCAGAGCCGGUGGUAAAGCAAACGGAACGUUAGAUUUCUAUCAAAUUCAUUCCUAUGAGUGUGGAUCAGAACACCCGAUCAAAAGGACAGCCCAACAAUAUGGUCUGGAGAAGCCGCUAAUUGUAGGCGAGUUCUCAACCAAGAGAUCGUGUGUGUCGGACUCGGCACAGGUGUACAAACAUUACUAUUUUAGCGGAUACAACGGUGCCCUUGCCUGGCAGUAUAAUGACCAUCACGAUAAUGAUAGGGAUAGUAGGGAUGUCAUCAAUCAUGGAAUGGAAGCCAUCAGACAUGAAACAAGUAAUGGUGUCAUUGAUAUCAAAAUUGAUGUUCAACGCUUAGCUCCCUAUGAGUUACAAACAGAUGACUAUGAGUUAUGCAGAAAUAAUCUCUGUUUUACUUAUUGUGCACUUAAUGUAAGUGAUCCGCGAUUUCAAGAGUUUGGACGUAUACUAAACUACCGGUGCUUUACUACAAGAGGUGAGCCAAAUGAUGGCCAGUUUAUUGAGUGUACAAAUUCAAUAUUUACGAGUCAUUGUUAUCCUGACUACAACUGUGCCCAUCCAUGUGGUAGUAUUAACUCAUUGAAGCCCACGCUCUGGAAUUAUGUCCAUUAA